AUGGCAUCGUCAAUCACUGAGGCGCAGGCUGCACUCAUCAGCUCCCUGACUCCUGAUGACAUCCCUCACAAACUACGAUGUGCAAAUUGCAGCAAGCUUGCUGUCAACGCAUUCCGUUUACCCUGUUGUGAACAAGCGAUUUGCGAAACAUGUCACGCGAGUCUACCAUCGUCCUGCCCCGUCUGCGAGCACUCGCCGCUCUCUGCCGAUGAUUGCACCCCGAACAAAUCGCUACGUACCACGAUCAAGGUGUUUCUUCGCACUGCAGAGAAGAAACGGGAAGCAAACAAACCCAAAGACAUCCCAGAGCCAGCUCCCGAAACACCAGUCCAAGCUGCUCCGUUACUGAAGUCCGAGGGCGGCCAGGCAGGCGCCGACAGAGAGGCCACCACCAAUGCAGGCCAAGCAUCGAGUGUCUCUGCCGCCGACACAUCAACUGUACCCACACUUGGUGUAGUGCAGAGCGAUACUGAGAAUAUUCAGCAGCAGCAGGGUACCUCUGAUGCCCAACAAGAGGAUCCUAACACGGCCAACAACGUUCAGGACGAAAACGACGACGACGCGGACGAAGAUUCGGAUGAUGAUGUUAUCAUCACCACAAAGCGCCUGGAGCAACCUCCCCAAGAGAAUGAGGAGGUCGAAUACGCCGAAGAAGACAACCAGGGCGAGGAGGAAAACGGGAACGGGCAGGCGCCACACGGAAACGGUUUCUCGAACCAAAUGUUUCCCGGGGGUGGCGAUCUUAACCAAAUGCAGAUGAUGAUGGCCAUGCAGAACAACAUGGGCUUUCCGAUGAUGGGCAUGCCGGGCAUGAACGCGGACCCGAUGAUGCAGAGCAUGUUCAUGAAUGGAGGCUUUCAAGGCAUGGGCAUGAACGGCAUGGGAGGGUUUGGGGGCGGCUACGAUAAUAACUGGAACGGUUCUCAGUCAUGGAAUUUCGACCAGAAUAAUUUCAAUCAAAAUGCCGCUGGUAUGAACACUGGUGACUAUGGGAACUAUAACUCUGGCUUCCAGACAGGCUACAACCAAGGUAAUUAUGGCCAAUAUAAUAACUAUCGCCAGCACAAUUACCGUGGUCGUGGCCGUGGCCGCGGAUACUAUGGAGGAUACGGCCGUGGUGGCUUCCAGAACGGCGGCAACUACCAUGGCCAAGGCCAAAUACAGCAGGGCCAGAUCGAUACUUCUGCUCAGUCAUUUUCGCAGGCGAGCAACCAAGGUGACGCCCAAAGUGUGACCCAGGACAAGGAAGGUAGCCAGCCCGCCGAUGUGCCCGUGAAUGCCCCGACGGGCCCAAAAGCGAUGCGCCAAGGUCUACCAAACACCAGUCUACAUCAUCUCCGCGCAAGGGGCUAUCAAGUCGGCGACGGUGCUGCAGAUGGCUCUGCUGAUAGCCAGACUAGAUCUCAGUAUGAUGACACUGAGCGAGACAUCGAUGGAGCUGAUCGCAGAUCGGCGCCUGGCGACCAGGAUCGCGACUACUCAUAUGAACAGUCUCGAGCGACUAGUAGAGGACAUAGUCGCAGUCGCAGCCGAGGAGAUAAAAGCUCUCAUCGGCGAGCACGAGACCGCUCGCAGACUGCUGAUGGCGACUGGUAUGACGAUGAUUCCUACAGUCGUAGUAGAAAGCACAAGAGCCGCAAACACUCUUCACGGCACGGCGAGGACGAGUCGCGAUACGAAAAGGGCGUUGGUGAGCGAUCGAGGUCAGCCUCCCCAGAAGAGGGGAAGAAGUCAAGUCGCCAUAGCCGCCGCGAGAGAGACUCGGAUCGUCACCGUGACAAAGACAAACAUCGCGAUGAGAAAACGAGUAGCCAUAGAUCGCACAAAGAUCGGGACAGGGACAGAGAUCACGAUCACUCGCGGCGCAGAGACAAGGAUAAGGACCGCGACCGUGACCGCGACCGUGAUCGUCGUGACCGACACCGAGACCGUGACCGUGAUCGUGACAGGGACCGCGAUAAGGACAAGGACCGUCGCGAGCGCAAAGAUCGCCCAAGAGACCGCGACCGCGAUCGUGACCGAGAGAGCAGAGCCGACAAGAAGCACUCGGCAGACGGGGGGGUCUCGACGCCCGCUGAGGCGAGCAACGGCGGCAGCGGCAGCACGACCAAAGAUCCGCACACCCUGGAGCGCGAGGCGCGCAAUCGCGAGCGUUUGCUGAAAGAGGCUCAGCGCAUUGCCGGCCUGGGCAGUGGCAACGGGGGCACGAAACGCAGCCGCGGCGGCGGCGGCGGCGGCGGCGGGGAAGACGGCACCGACAGCACCGGCAGCCGCAAGGGGCGACGUACCACGGACGGGAGCCGUCGCAGCGACGCCGCGCCUGCCGUGGACUACGAUGACGACGGCAAGGAUCGUGCGGGCAGCCGGCGAUACGACUAG